AUGGUUAGGGCAGGGAAAACAGCUAAUGCCUUAGAAAGGAUUUUACCAAACAUGAGAGGAGCUAGACAGGACAAAAGGAAAAUAAUAGCAUCUACUAUCCAAAACCAGCUACUCUACGGAGCGCCGUUAUGGGCAGGAGUUCUAAAAUUCCAGAAUAAUAUAAAUUCGCUACUAGAGCCACAGAGAAAAAUUGCUUUAUGCAUAGCAAUGGCAUAUCGGAUGGUAUCGACGCCAGCAAUACUGGUGGUGGCAGGGACAAUUCCGGCACACUUCAUGGCUAAGGAAAGACAGGAAGAAUACAGACGAAUCCAAAGCGGCAUAGAAGUAAAUAAGGAUGUAUUACGGGAAGGUAGUAGAGGGAAUGGCAAAAAGAAUGGAACGAGUCAGAGAAGGGAAGAUGGACGAGAAGACUCAUUAAGGAUGUAA